AUGGAUUUCAAAGGAAAAAACCUCUGUUACAAGCGAAAAUCUCUCACAAUCAAAUCAACAAAAAUCAUUGUAAGUGACAGAAAAUUCCUCAUUGAUUUCAUAAUCACUACUUACCUAGGACCUGAUGUUAAGUCUGAUAAUCCCAAAUGUUCAUCACUUCAAAGGCUAUUCUCAGGAUUACCACCUUAUAGUUCCAAUGAUUUAGGUUCCUCUUAUGUUACAAUUCCUCUCUUAGAGAAAUUGUAUUACUAUCUCCUCAAAAAUGCACUUCCUGAACUUAUAUUAGAUCUUAACAUGUUUCAUAUGUAUUUAAAGGGAAAAUUGGAUUUGCCCAAUUCUGAAUUUUCAGAGGGUUGUCAACAAUUCACAAAUAUUUUCCCUUUGAAUCUUCAUCCACAGAUUUGGUAUCCUGAUAGUUUUAGAAUUAUUAAAGGGGUUGUUUUGAUUGAUGAUCCUCUUGUUACGAUGUGUGUUAAAGACGAGGAUUUGGAUAGGUUUAGGUCGUUAACAGGUGUUAGUACUUUCAAGUUGGAUUUAAGUGAAUGUCUUGGUGUUCGGGUUCACCCUCAGUUGAGCAGAGAAAGUGAUAAUGAUAAUGAUAGUGGAUGUGUUAACAAUGAGGGGUCGCAGUCGAAGAAGUUUCAACCGGAGUGUACGAGAAAGUAUGCUGGUGAGGAUACUCCUUUAAUGUCGGAAUUUCCAAAUACUUCUAGUGGCGAUCCUUCUUCCAACAUGAUGUGUCAUUCUGAUGGGCCUUCGAUGAUGCCGCUUAUCUCGUUAUCUCAUGUUGACCAUUGUGUGCAAGAUUGUUCUGUUGUUUUAACAGGGACAGCGAAGAGAGGGAUACUUGGUCCGUCCGUUGGUGUUGUGGAUAUUGGUAUUAGUAAAGUGGCGUAUCUAUUUCGAGUUUCCUUACCAGGUGUCAAGAGAGAGUACAAUCAGUUUAGUUGUGAUAUUGAAUCGGAUGGAAAGGUUGAGAUCAGAGGACUGUUAUCUGGUGGAAGAACUAUAGAGAAACAGUCACGUUUUUUCCAGAUGAAAACUCAGCAGUUAUGCUCUCCUGGACCAUUCACACUUUCAUUCAAUCUUCCAGGACCUGUUGAUCCAAGACUCUUUGCACCUAACUUUAGGACCGAUGGAAUUUUUGAAGGAGUUGUAAUCAAGCUCUAG